AUGAGAGAAGCAUCAUUUGUUCUCUGCCUUCUAAUUCUAUCUCUUGUUUCCCUUGAAACUGCCGCACAGAAAGAAGCAGAAGCUUUGCUGAAAUGGAAAAACAGUUUAACUUAUUCUCAUUCUCUCACCUCAUGGUCCCUAACCAAUGGCAGGAAUCCUUGCAACUGGAUUGGAAUUCAAUGCAACAAAGUUGGGAGCAUUGUCAACAUAAACCUUGCCAACUCUAGUCUCAGUGGCACUUUGGACCAGUUCAACUUCUCUGCAUUCCCCAAUCUUACCUCUCUCAACCUCAACCUCAACGAUCUUGUUGGCUCAAUCCCAAAGCAAAUUGGAUCACUUGCAAAGCUCACAUUUCUUGAUCUGGGUAGCAACAAUUUCACACAUGCACUUCCAUCGGAGAUUGGGAAUCUCUCAGAGCUAAGGGUGCUUCGCCUCUACAACAAUUCACUCAUGGGUCCAAUUCCUUAUCAGCUUAGCAAUUUACAAAAGGUAUGGCAACUCCAUCUUGGUGGAAACUUCCUAGAGAAUCCAGAUCCUGUUCAGUUUAAGAGCAUCGUAUCAUUAACUGAACUGAGGCUCGAUACCAACAAUCUUAUCCUAGAUGUUCCCCCAUUUAUUUUUGAAUGUUCGGAGCUCAUUUUUCUGGACUUGUCAAGUAAUCAAUUCACUGGUUCGAUUCCUGUGCAACUCAUGAGUCUUAAGAAUCUUGAAUUCCUGAACCUGACUAAAAAUGCAUUUGAAGGGCCGAUUCCAGCAGAAAUCAAGAACCUUAAACACCUUCAAGAAUUGAAUCUAGGACUAAACAAGCUGAAUGGUACAAUACCAAAUGAGCUUGGCUAUUGCACCAACCUUACUUUCAUUGAUUUCUCAGAAAACAACCUUAGAGGUACCUUGCCUCUUUCAAUGACCUCCUUAACCAGAAUUACAGAGCUCGGAAUAUCCAGCAACAUGUUAUCAGGUGAACUCCAUCCAUAUUUCCUAACCAAUUGGACAGAACUCGUAUCUUUUCAAAUCCAUAAUAACUGCUUCAGUGGAGUAAUCCCUUCUCAAAUUGGAUCACUCCGUAAGCUAAAUUUCUUGUCCAUGUUCAGUAACAGAUUUUCAGGCACCCUUCCUUGGGAAAUUGGGAACUUGUUGAAUUUGAGCAAUCUUUUUUUGUCUGGCAACUUUUUUACUGGCCCAAUUCCUUCCAGCAUAGGAAACUUAUCUCAGCUUGUCAACAUAAGUCUCUCCAAGAACCAGUUCACUGGAACCCUUCCCCAUGAAAUAGGCAAGUUGGAAAGUCUACAGCUUCUUGAUCUGAGUGCAAACCAGCUGCAAGGAAACUUGCCUCCCACCAUAACCCGUUUGAAGAACCUGGUUUACUUCUAUGUUCAUUCUAACAACUUCUCUGGUAGUAUAUCUGAAGAUUUUGGACCCAUAUCUCUAAGGAAUGUGAGCUUCUCUUACAAUAAUUUCACAGGCAAGCUCCCUCCUCAAAUUUGUAGAGGAGGGCAGCUUAAAUACUUCACAGCUAGUGCAAACAGAUUUGUUGGAUCCAUCCCCCAAUGCCUUAACAACUGUACUGGCUUAACUAGAGUCCGUCUUGAGCAUAACCUUCUUGAUGGAUCCAUAAAUGAUAUAUUUGGUGUUUAUCCAGAGCUCACAUAUAUUGAUUUGGGUGAUAACCGAUUGUCUGGCGUCUUAUCAAACAAUUGGGUAGAGUGUUCUAGUCUCUGGUUCUUCCGUGUGUCUGGUAACAUGAUAUCAGGUCAAAUCCCAGGAGAGAUUGGAAGGUUGAAAUAUUUGCAAGAGCUUCAUCUCUCUUCAAAUCAACUAGAAGGAAACAUUCCUGUGGAACUUUUUAGUUCGGCUUCAUUUCUAUACAAACUGAACUUGAGUAACAAUCAGUUUUCUGGGAAGAUACCAGCAGAGAUAGAAAGGCUGUCAGUUCUACAAAUUCUGGAUUUGUCACAGAACAACUUAAGUGGGCCAAUCCCAGAGGAACUUGGAAAUUGUCAAAAAUUAAUAUCUCUAAAACUCGGUGUUAACAAGUUGAAUGGGACGAUUCCACUCCGGCUUGGGAAGCUAGUAACCUUACAAUCUAUGCUUGACCUCAGCCAGAAUUUACUCACUGGAGAGAUACCACCACAGCUUGGAAGCCUAACAUCUUUAGAAAAUCUCAAUCUUUCUAAUAAUAGGCUUUCUGGUUCCAUACCUUCAGCCCUGCAAGAUUUGAGGAGUCUUCAAUUUGUUGAUAUAUCAAAUAACAAUCUUGAGGGUCCACUUCCCAACAUUAAGGCCUUUCAAAAUGCUCCUCCCAAGGCAUUGGCAGGUAAUUCUGGUUUAUGCGGCACAAAAGCACAAGGUUUGCCACCUUGUAGUAGUAGUAAUACUUCUACAAACAAGAACAAAAGCAGUGGACAGAAGAAACUGAUAUUGUCGAUAACCAUACCUCUCGCUGUAGUUAUCAUAAUUCUGUUGAUUUUAUUUGGAAUUUUCAUCCGCCAUUAUACAUCCAAGGACAAAUAUGAUGAUGAUGAAGAAGAAGAAGGCCUUGGUUUAGUGGGAAAAAAAUCAUUUUCAGUAUGGAACUACGAUGGGAAAUUGGCUUUCAAGGAUAUAGUAAUGGCCACUGAAAAUUUCAAUGAGACAUACUGUAUAGGGAAGGGAGGACAAGGAAGUGUAUAUAAAGUAAAGCUUCCCAGUGGAGAUGUUGUUGCCGUAAAGCGUCUGCAUUCAUCCGUAUCUGAUGAAAAUACAUCUCAAGGUGAUGACUGGAAAAAGAAUUUUGAGUCUGAAAUACGAGCUCUAACAGAAAUUCGACAUCGAAACAUUAUAAAGAUGCAUGGAUUCUGCUUAAACAAGGGGUUUAUGUUUAUAGUGUACGAGUACCUGGAGAGGGGAAGCUUGGGCAGUUUCCUAAAUGAUGAGAAAGAAGCAAGGCUCUUGGACUGGGAGAAGAGGGUGAAUGUUAUUAAAGGGUUGGCUCAUGCUUUGUCCUACUUGCACCAUGACUGCUUGCCACCCAUUGUGCACCGGGAUGUAUCAGGGAAUAACAUUUUAUUGGGUUCAGAGUUUGAGCCCAAGCUCUCUGAUUUUGGGACGGCGAGGAUGCUCAGAGCCGGGGAGUCUAACUGGACUGUACCAGCUGGUUCAUAUGGCUACAUUGCUCCAGAAGUCGCUACUACAAUGAAGGUGAGAGAGAAGUGCGACGUGUACAGUUUUGGAGUGGUGGCCUUAGAAGUAAUCAUGGGAAAGCACCCAGGAGAACUCCUUUCAUGCAUACAAUUAGAUGAAAGAUACGACCUCAACUUUGCAAGUGCAUUAAUAGACCAGCGACUACCACCUCCAGUUGGUAUUACGAUUGUGCAUGAAUUGAUAUUGGCGGUGGCCAUUGCCUUGACGUGCAUACAUGUAAAUCCUGAUACUCGACCCACAAUACUUGAGGUGUCCCGCCGGUUGUCGGCCAAUCUGAGUCCGUCCUAUUCCGAGCCUCUUCAUAUGCUCACACUACAGCAUUUGAAACAUCUUGCGCGAGGAAUAAUUCACUAA